AUGCUGAAGUCGGUUAUUGUGCUCGGUGGUCUUCUGCUGGUGCUGACCCUGAGCAGUGGGAGCAGUGUCAACAAGCUCUCUCGUGUGCCCAUCUACAGGCAGAAGAACUUUGUGAAGACACGCGCCAAUAUCCAGGCCGAGGUGGCCCAUGUGCGUAACAAAUACAACAGCCAGCUGACAUUGGCAUCAACAACGGCACAGGCCGGUGGUGUUUCAACAACCACACCCACAACAACGACAACCAAGACAACGACUGCAGGCAUUCAUAGAGAGCCGCUAAUCAACUACGUGAAUAUGCAAUACUAUGGUCUCAUCACCAUUGGCACACCACCACAGAGUUUUGAGGUUAUGUUCGAUACAGGCUCAUCGAAUCUGUGGGUGCCCUCGAUUAAGUGCUCCGCCGCCGCCUGUGAGACUCACAAUAUGUUCAAUCCGGCCGACUCCUCCAGCUAUGUGCCUAACGGGUCGAUUAUAUCCAUAGUGUAUGGCACCGGUAACAUGACUGGUUAUCUCUGCUCUGAUGUUGUGAAUGUGAAUGGCAUGAAUAUACAGAGUCAGACAUUGGCUCUGGCCACAUUUGAGCAGAACGAUUUUUUGACAUCGAACUUUGAUGGCAUUUUCGGAAUGGGCUAUCGUAACCUGGCUGUUGAUAAUGUGGUGCCGCCGUUUUACAAUAUGAUAAGUCAGGGACUGGUCAGUCAACAGAUAUUUUCGUUCUAUUUGACGAGCGAUGGUUCCUCCAGCCAAGGCGGUGAAUUGAUUUUCGGUGGAUCUGAUCAUAGCCUGUUUGUUGGCAACAUGGUCUAUGCGAAUGUGACGAGAGAGGAUUACUGGCAAUUCAUGAUGGAUAAUGCCACCUUAAAUGGCCACAUCUUGUGCACCAACUGUCAGGCGGUGGCUGAUACGGGUACCUCAUUGAUUAUGGCACCAGCCGCAUCCUAUCUGAUAAUUAGGGAGGUGCUUGGUGUUGGUAGCAAUGGCGAAGUCGAUUGCUCCAAGAUUGCGCAAAUGCCAGUGCUUAAAUUUGCGAUUAACGGCAAGAUCUUUGGCGUUCCCGGCUACGCCUAUGUUAUAGUGGAGGGUCAACAAUGCAUUCUGGCCAUUGACUACAUAUCUACAGAUUUCUGGAUUUUGGGCGAUGUCUUCAUUGGCCAAUAUUACACAGAAUUUGAUUUGGCCCAGAAUCGUGUCGGAUUCGCAUCAAUCAAUGGACAAAACUAUAUUGCGGAUAAUGGGGCUGGUAAUUUGCAAGGGAUGCCUGCCCUUGAAUUGGGCCUGUUGGUGAUGGCCUUGUUGUUUUCGAAAAUGUUGAAUUAUCUGCACUGAGGAAUUUUUAACUAUUUAUGUAAUUUCUCAUCUUUUUUUUUAUUAGCUUAAAUCUGAAAUAUAUCAUAAAUCUCUGUGCUGAUAUGCAGUGAUCCGAUCAAAAAAUAAAUUAUGUACUUCCUCCAAA